AUGAAAACAAAGCGGUGUCUUUUCAUUUUCUGGGGUGUUUUAUUACUCGGCCUCUUCAACGGCGCAGAGAAAACCCACGAAUCCCCAAUUACUCGAAAGAAGAAAGUUUUCAAGCCCGAUUCCUCCAAAUCCAGCCGCAGGUCUCCUCCGCACGUGCGUCCCGAGGCGAAGAUCCAGCCGGACUCCGGCCGCCUCCCGGAUGUGUCCGUCAGCUGCUCCGCCUCGGACUUGGUGGUGCGGGUCAAACCGGCUUUCUACGACCUGGGCGCGGACGCGGAGGAGCUGCGGCUGGGACGCGGCUGCAGGAGCAACGGAGUCCUCGGGCCGAACGGAGACCUGCUCUUCACCUAUCCGCUCACCGCGUGCGACGGAGUGCGAGAGCUGCCUCACGGUUAUCUGGUCUACAAGUUCGUGCUUCACUACGAGCCUUCGCACAAACGACCCAGAGCGCACAGGCUCAGCGUGGACAUCGAAUGCCACUAUCCGAGGGACCACCAUGUGCACCAGCUGGCCGUGCAGCCCACGUGGGACACGGUGGUCGUGCGUAAAAGUCUGAAAGGACGACGGAGCGACUUCGAGAUCUCCUUAAUGGAUGAUUCAUGGACCAGUCCAGUGAAAUCUCGGGCUUACUACCUCGGGGAAACGAUUAAUGUCCAGGUGUCUGCUCCUCACCUCCCGCCUGGAGGAAAACUCUACAUCAGUAACUGCUUUGCAACCCCGUCCAGAGGCUCCAAAUCAUCCCUCAAGUACAGCAUCAUAGACAACCUGGGCUGCAUGCUGGACAGCAGGAGGGAACCUGGAGCUUCGCAGUUCAUCUCUCGGACUCACAAAACCCUGAGAUUAUCUCUGAAGGCCUUCCAGUUCACCGCUGACCCCGACACCGAGGUGAACAUCAACUGUAAGCUGUUGGUGGCAUCAGGGGACCCCAGCCCUGAACACAAGUCCUGCACCUACAAAGACAGCAGGUGGAGAGCUCUCACUGGAGACGACUCCAUCUGUGAAUGCUGUGAGUCGCACUGUGCCACCUCUAAAGCCCGGAGGGCCAUCAUGGAAGGCUCGGCCAGCAGCAUGCCGCUAUUGAUCUCCGAUCAGCCGUCGCUGACAGACGACGGCUUCCUGCCCUUCGACAUGAAGAGAGAAGACCAGGAGACAAACCACGACUUUAAAGAGCAACAAAGUCACGAGAAACUCUUGAAAAUUACAGAAGACGAAGAGAAAGAGAACCAAAGCCAAGCUGAACUUGGAGACAUGACUGAGCCUGAUUUAUUUGAUGACUUUACGUUUUUGGAGGACGGCUUGAAGAGCUGGUGGGACGACUUUGAAGUGAGGGACAUCAAUGAGUUUGCAGAGGAGGGAUCAGCAGAUGAGGAGGUGGAUUAUUCACAGGGAGAUGAGUUGGAGAUUAAUCUCGAUCAGGAGGGUGAAACUCUCCAUCCCUGGGUGGAGCUGGACGACUAUGAGGAGGAGGAUGUUCCUCACGGAGGGAACGAGGCUGUGAUGUCUUCUGAAAUGCAGUGGAAGAACGACAGCAGCCCAGCAGAGGACCAGGAGAAGACCUGGUAUUUCACAUGGAGCUAA